AUGAAAUUUGAGGAGCUACUUGAGGAAGUGGAUGGGUUUGGGAAAUACCAGAUUCUGGUCUUCUUGAUGCUUUGUCUACCCAGGUUGGUCAUUCCCAUGCACUUCUUGCUUCACAAUUUCAUUUCUGCAGUUCCAUCUCACCACUGUGCCAUUCCAGCCUUUGCCGGUAUUUCCAAUUUAAGCCAAGAGGAGGUUUUCCAUGUCAGCGUCCCAAGAGAGCCUGAUGGGACAUGGAGUCCUUGUAAGAUGUUCUCUAGGCCACAGCUUCACCUUUUGGCCAAUUCUUCCUUGAAGCUGGAUAAUACUACAUCUGUCCAGAACUGCCAGCAGGGACGGAUUUACAAUUCUGAGCAGUAUGUCUCCACCACGGCCACUGAGUGGGACCUGGUAUGUGAGAAGAAAGGCCUGAACCAAGCCAUUGCUACUUUCUUCUUUGUUGGGGUCACACUUGGGUCUGUCCUUUUUGGCUACAUGUCUGACAGAUUUGGACGGCGGAGGAUGCUUCUGGUCUCUUUUUUCAUCACACUGUUUUUUGGGGCCAUGUCUGCAUUUUCAGUGUCCUACUGGAUGUUUGUCGUUAUGAGGACACUGUCUGGAGUUGGGCUCACUGGCAUAUCCAUCAUCUCCUUGAUAUUAGCUGUGGAAUGGACUGAUAUAAAGCAUCGCACUUUCUGUGGCACCAUUAGUGGUAUUUCCUGGUCUUUUGGGUACAUGCUCCUGGCGCUGGUAGCUUAUCUGAUUCGGACCUGGCGAUGGCUCUUGCUUGCUGUCACAAGUCCCUGCCUCCUCAGCAUUGUCAUUUGGUGGUGGCUCCCAGAAUCUGCCCGGUGGCUUCUGACUAAGAAGGAAGUAGAUGCUGCACACAGUUACCUUUCCAAAUGUGCCAAGGUCAAUGGCAAACAAGACUUCCCUUCCAAAAUAACUCCAGAAGUCUUGAGAAAGGCUGUGACUGUAGAAGAAUCAAGGACCUAUUUCUACUGGCACUUGGUCAAGACUCCCAAGCUGAGAAAGAUCACACUGUGUUUCACCAUUGUAUGGUUUGGUGUCUCCUUCACCUAUUACGGCAUCAGUUUAAACAUUGGAGGUUUUAGCUUGGAUCCAUAUCUGACGCAGUUAAUGUUUGGGGCCAUUGAGAUCCCUGCCAAACUGGGUGUGUAUUUUGUCUUGGAUCACAUCGGCCGCAGACAUUGCCAGGCAUGGUCUCUGAUUGCAACCGGAGCCCUGAUCGCACUGAACACAGUCAUCCCAGCAGAACAUGGACAUGUCAGGUCAGCUGUGGCCAUCUUGGGGAAAGGUUUCUCAGAAGCCUCUUUCACCACUGUCUUCCUAUAUACUGCUGAGCUUUACCCCACUGUACUCAGGCAAAGUGGUCUUGGCUGUUGUUCAUUUGUGGCACGGAUUGCCAGCUCUCUUGCUCCUCUGAUUAUGUUGCUGGAUGACACAUGGAAAUACCUUCCACCCAUGAUAUUCAGUAUAGUGGCUGGCUUGUCUGGGACUGUGGCUUUUCUGUUAACAGAGACCACCAACAUCCAGUUGCCAGAGACUAUUCAAGAUGUGGAAGGUGACAGAAACAAGAAUCUUUUGGGAAUUCAAGCCCAUGAGCAAAGUGUCAUAGCUGAUGGUGAAGGCAUCGCUCUAGGGCUGCUGAGACCAUUGAGCCCCGAUGCUCCUUUCCCCAAGCAAGAAGAAGCCAACCAUCAUGACUGCAAUAAGGAAGCAGCAUCCUCAUAG